GUUAUCGUGCCUACAAAAUCGUAUACAAAAAGAACCUCGUUCCGUAUCACUUUUAACCCUGAUGUUAAAAGUAGGUGUUUGGUCCAGAGUUUCAAUGAUGUAUCAAGUUCUAAUUUUGAUUUGUGCGACUAUGUCUGGAAUGGCAUUAGCUGAUUCUGAAGCAGAGUCCGCCAUUCUGAAAAGACUGGAAGCAACUGAAAAGCUCGUUCAUGAUCUUUUCGAUGAAGUUGCAAGCCUUAAAGCUCAGGACCUAAUCCAUAGGGAGCAGAUUGUCGAGUUAAAGAAACAGUUACACUCGCAGCGACAACAUAACAACUUUGGAAAACAUAACAGCUUAACAACCAGUAAACUAGAGACGGGGUCUUUGGAAGAUGUAAAUUCAGUAAUCAAGAGACAGCCGAGUGACGUGAACAUCAAGCAAGAUGCAAACAAAAUCAGAAUAAGGAGAUUUGGAAAUGGAACUCCCGUGGCCUUUUUCGCGAAAAUGGACGAAAACCUAGAACAUGCUGGGGUCCACCAGAAUUUCAUCUUCGAAGUUGUAGCCAUCAAUAUAGGAAAUGGCUACAACAAUAAAUCAGGAGCAUUUGUUGCCCCGGUUUCAGGAAUAUACGUGUUUUCUGCAACCCUUGUAUCAUUCUCUAAUGUUAACGCACAGGUGCGUUUUAUGUGGAAUGGUCAGCCCAUGACGGUGAUGAUUGUCAGCGGCGCAGGAUCGGGUCAGGAUACGAUUAGCCAAACCAUUGUUCUUCCCGUGCGGAAAGGGGAUGUCUUCACAAUCCAAAAUAUUGAUUCAGAUAAAUCCUUCAUCGGUGGAGCUCGGAGUAUGUUCUCUGGAUUUCUUCUGUUCGAAGAUUCUUCAAGUCCUAGUGUUGUUGGAAAAUAAAAUGUAAAUUGAAAAGAUAAAUGAAAACAAAAUGAUAGAUCAGUUAGAA